AUGCCACAGUCAUGUAGACCCAGGCGAGAUCCACUCCGCCGUAUCGCAGCCGCCGUGCGGCAGACAGCGGGAAAGAUUUCACAGCCGCAGCUGUCCCCAGAAGUCCGCGUCCAUCAUCGUGAGCAGGCCGGAGAUAAUGCACCGGGACCAUCCCGACUCGACAUGCAGAUACGCGGGAUAUACAACUCGAGCACAAGCGCAUUCACCCUGCCCGACGAUACAAAAUAUCCCGUCACGGCCGAAGAACGCGAAUGCGAGCUAAAGAACGAAAAUAUCCGCCUGGAGCAAGAAGUGACCUACUAUAAAUCCGUUGUGCAUCGAGUUCUCAUACCCUUGAUUCUCGCGUUAGGGCCGCUUGCGGAUAAUCUUCGUCAAUCCCUGCGCCAACCGGAGGCCGCGUUCUCUGGGGGAGGGGAACCCGAUCCAUAUCUAGCAACAGGCAGGCGUCCCGAGCGCCGAGAGUUGUGCAAAUACCUGGAGCACCAGCGGGCCGACAGGAUGAUGGGUCAUAUCGAGGACGACGAACCAUUACAUCGGCAUCCGUCGCUCGCAGACCUUCGCCAUAUCCAAGGAAACGGGAGCAGCGCCCCAAGCACAAAAGACCGCGUGAUUGAGCUUACCAAAGCAAACGGCAGGAUGAGAAGUGAAAUAGCAAAGUAUAGACCACUCGUGCUAGAAACCAUGGAGGAGAUGUUGUUUGGGAUAGAGGAGUGCGCCCGACGGUUGCUAUGCGCGGGAGAGACCGCUAGAGAGAUUGUCAGGCAGUCAGCAGAAUCUUGGCCUCCUUCCAUGAAUCGGCACGUUUUAAGCAACGCCAAUGUGUAUCGUGGUCACGCCAACGGAGGCUCCUGCUUUGGGCAGGACAAUCCGCGCGGGUGCCUGCGAGGCCACCUACCCACCGACAGCACAGCGCCCCGUGGGCAGGCAGCGCACGUUAGGUUUGCCGGAGCAGAUAGACCUUGCAGAAGCACGGAUAACUAUGCCACGGGGGGUGGCCAGACCGUCGAGAGCAUCCGGCAAGAACACGAAUACGUCUCAGAACUGAUCGGAUGCACAUCUCUGCAUCUUGUGCCCCAGGCGUGGUAUGUCCUCGGCAAAUUGGAUCGAGUGAUUGACAAGAGCUGCAAGGAUCUGGAGCGCGCAGGGAAUGACCAGCCGCCUCGGCUUGCUACCCACCUUGCAACCGGAUGCUUCCCCACCACUUUCUCACCUGAUCACAUCUGCCAAGCGAGCUAG